GAAAAGAAUUUUGGAUUUUUCUUGUGAAUUUUAUCAUCAUCAUCAUUAUUAUUAUUAUUAUUGUUUUCAUUUGAAUCGAUAAAUAAUGGCGAAAGCACCUGCAAUUGGUAUCGAUUUGGGCACUACAUAUUCUUGUGUCGGUGUCUUUCAACAUGGUAAAGUGGAAAUCAUCUCGAAUGAUCAAGGAAAUCGUACAACACCAAGUUAUGUUGCCUUUACCGAUACUGAACGGCUUAUUGGUGAUGCGGCCAAAAAUCAGGUCGCUAUGAAUCCAUCAAACACUGUAUUCGAUGCUAAACGUUUAAUUGGUCGACGUUUUGAUGAUCCAUCCGUUCAAUCUGAUAUGAAACAUUGGCCAUUUAAAGUGGUCAAUGAAGGUGGAAAACCAAAAAUUGAAGUCGAAUAUAAAGGUGAAAUAAAACGAUUUUUUCCUGAAGAAAUUUCAUCAAUGGUAUUGACCAAAAUGAAAGAAACGGCCGAAGGUUAUUUGGGUAAUAAAGUUACCGAUGCUGUUAUCACUGUGCCGGCAUAUUUCAAUGAUUCACAACGUCAAGCAACCAAAGAUGCUGGUGCUAUUGCUGGAUUGAAUGUUUUACGUAUCAUCAAUGAACCUACUGCUGCUGCUAUUGCUUAUGGUCUGGAUAAAAAAGGUGGUGAAAAAAAUAUAUUGAUAUUUGAUCUUGGUGGUGGUACAUUCGAUGUAUCCAUUUUGGCUAUCGAUAAUGGUGUUUUUGAGGUCAAAUCAACUGCAGGCGAUACACAUCUUGGUGGUGAAGAUUUUGAUAAUCGCCUGGUCAAUCAUUUUGUUCAGGAAUUUAAACGAAAAUAUUCUAAAGAUUUAUCAACAAAUAAACGUGCAUUACGUCGUCUUCGUACUGCUUGUGAACGUGCUAAACGUACACUGUCAUCAUCAACACAAUCAUCGGUUGAAAUUGAUUCAUUAUAUGAAGGUAUUGAUUUUCAUUCAACAAUAACACGUGCACGUUUCGAAGAAUUGUGUUCGGAUCUAUUUCGUUCAACAUUGGAACCAGUGGAAAAAGCAAUGCGUGAUGCUAAAUUGGAUAAAACAAACAUCGAUGAAAUCGUAUUAGUUGGCGGUUCAACACGUAUUCCAAAAAUACAGAAAUUACUUUCCGAUUAUUUUAAUGGAAAAGAAUUGAAUAAAUCGAUUAAUCCAGAUGAAGCCGUAGCAUAUGGUGCAGCUGUACAGGCUGCCAUUUUGACUGGUGAUACAUCACAAAAUGUCAAGGAUUUACUUCUCUUAGAUGUUGCUCCAUUAUCCUUGGGCAUCGAAACGGCUGGAGGUGUAAUGACAACAUUGAUCAAACGUAAUACAACUAUACCGACGAAACAAACACAAAUAUUUACCACCUACGCCGAUAAUCAACCUGGUGUUACCAUAAAAGUAUAUGAAGGUGAACGUGCCAUGACCAAGGAUAAUAACCUGUUGGGUACAUUCGAUCUGAAUGGUAUACCGCCAGCACCACGUGGCAUACCACAAAUCGAAGUUACAUUCGACAUUGAUGCUAAUGGUAUAUUGAAUGUAUCGGCUGUGGAUAAAAGUACUGGUAAACAGAAUAAGAUCACUAUUACCAAUGAUAAAGGUCGUUUAUCAAAAGAUGAUAUUGAACGAAUGGUACAUGAAGCUGAACAAUAUCGUGAAGAAGAUGAACGACAACAAUCUCGAAUUCAGGCUAAAAAUUCAUUGGAAUCAUAUACAUUCCAAAUGAAAAAUACCAUCGAAGAUGAUGCUAUCAAGACAAAAAUAUCCGAUAAUGAUCGCACAACCAUUUUGAAUAAAAUCAAAGAUGUACUUAGCUGGCUAGAUAAUAAUCAAUUAGCCGAAAAAGAUGAAUUCGUAGAUAAACAAAAAGAAUUGGAAUCAAUCUGUCGACCUAUUAUUACGAAAUUGUAUCAAGGUGGUGCUGGUGGUCCAUAUCCAGGUGGUGUACCGACUGGCGGUCCUAAUGGUGGCUCUAAUAGUGGUGGUCCAACCGUAGAAGAAGUAGAUUAAAAAUGAUCACAUUUAUAUUCUUCAUCAUCAUCUCAUCAUUAUUAUGUUCAAAAAGUUGAACAAAAAAAAGACGUAUUCAAUCUAAUCUAAUAAUUUG